GAUCUAGCUUGCAGGAGACAAGUCUUUUGUGGGUUGUCAUUCCAUUAUCUUGAGCAGGACGCAUGCAUGCAGGUGGGCGGGCUGGGCUAACAGUAUUGGUUGUUCUUGGUCUAAUUCGUCAAAGCGAGUACGCAGUUCUCUGGUCACACGCAUCAGCCUCGGUAUAAACAAGGAAACGCAAAGCUAGACGAUCCCUGGGCUCAGUCAGAACCCCUCAGCUGGUGACGUGAGUGUACAUUUAGACCUCAGGGCGAGGCAACGAAAAGGGCGGGCUACUCUCCCAGGGAAAGCCUUCACAUUGUGUCUUUUCCUGCGUUCCAUUGAAGAUCAUACUGAUUUCCUUCCUCUGGACCUCCACGAUGGUAGACCAGAUCUCCCCCCGGGCAUCGCCCGGACCGAUCCGUUCCUCCCAGACUCGCCGCGCCCGAAAGCUCCGGGAUAGCUGUACGAGUUGUGCCAGUUCUAAGGUGCGAUGUACCAAAGAAAAGCCGGCCUGUGCUCGGUGUAUCGAACGUGGUCUUGCCUGUCAAUACAUGGUCUCCAAGCGGAUGGGCCGCAAUCCGCGCGCUCCCAGUCCCCUUGAGCCAACUCGGCGGCCAUCAGAGAGUCUUCCGUCCGCCGGGUCGGAACAGGGACAUUCGGCCCAUAAUACGUAUUCUACUCCUCAUGCUCAUUCUCAUUCUCAUCCGCAACCGCAUCCACCACCUCCGCCUCAACCAGAUCAACCACCACACGCUCUGCCCACCCCCAAUGGUAGCGGUAGCGUCUCGGCCAUCUUUUCCCAUCAGAGCCCCCCUCUACCCUUGGAGGCCCAGGGGCUGGGAGGAGAGUUGUCUGGUCAGGAGCAAGGCACCCUGUCUUCGCUAACGGUCGAUUCGGAAUUUGGGGACUCUUUGCAGUCCAUCGAUCACGGAAACCAUGCCGAUUUCUUGGCGGAGCCGACGGGGAGUCUUUUUGACGCGUUCUUGGAAGUGGGGACUCCCAUGAUCGACCCGUUCCUCGAGUCCGCCCCAGUACCGCCGUUUGAGACGCGCUAUUGCUGCUUUUCGCUCGCACUACAAACGCUGUCCCACCUCUUCCCCCACGCCCCGCUGGGCUGUCAGCUACGGCUGACGGGUGGCGAUGAUAGCUCGUGCAACCUGACAACGAUCGACAUGGUCCUCUCGGGGAACAAGAAGGCGACCGAUGUGGUCCGGAACAUCCUCGGGUGUUCGUGUGCGCAGGAUGGCUACUUGCUGAGUAUGGUUGUCCUUAUCGUCCUCAAGGUGCUGGCAUGGUAUGCUGCCGCAGCCGGCACUCAGUGCCCCUCGACGGCGGUAGGUGGAAAUAACAGCAGUGACAGCAGCGGUAGCAGCCGGAGCAGCAGCAGCAGUAGCAACAGUCCCACCACCGUGUCCGAAGAGCGCGUGCUGCAUGUACCUAGUCUGGUGGGCGGGCAUUGUGUGGAUGAGGAAGACCAGCCGCGAGUCGCGGCACAACUCGUUCUGAGCGAACUGCAUCGAGUCCAAUCGCUGGUGAAUCUAUUGGCCAAGCGCCUGCAAGAAGGCGGAGACGACGCAGCAGGGAUGCCGGCGCACCAUCCAGCGUCUCCUUUCUCCCUCUUCGGGUUCAGUGGGCUCGAGGCGAAUCUCCGCCACCGCUUGCGCGCCGUGUCCUCAGACAUUAUUAAUUUCCUGCAGCAAGAAUGAAGAAAGGGCCCACCUAUCCAUUGACCAUGGAAUGACACCGGCAUGAUAUCCGCCCCCUCGCUCACACUCACCCCCUUGCAUU